UGAGUCUCCCCGAAAUAAAUACUGAGAGGAAUAAUAAGAAUAAGAAACUUCAAUUUGAAGCAAAGUGACGCAUUAGUUUCCUUUAUUAUUAGUUCCUUAAAGAAUAUUAGGAGUAAAAAGCACAUAAAAAAAUUAACCCGAAGGUUCAACCUGCAGUAGUGUUAAUGUGUUAUGUAACGUUACUCUUCACAUUUGAAAAUUCAGCUUGAAACUUAGCUAGCUAGGUCCUUUGUCAACAUCAAGAGGCCAUGCCAGAAAGACGUUUAUGUGAUUAAGGUCACACACUCACAUUCACGCUUUCCUUUGAAAGCAACUUGCGAGCUGCAAUGAGUUGAAGUGAAGAUAAGAUAUGUCUCUGAGUCUGAGUCAAUGUGUUGUUCACUGUAUUUCCCUUCAACACUAACCGUUAAUCGCUACACCAAUGCACGUUGUUGUUGUUGUGAUGGUUUUCUUUCCUUGUCUUUUCGCCAUAUACUGUUCCUUUGCUUCUACUCUCUCACUCUCCGGAGUUUAGCUCUUUGCUGUGAUGUGAAGUGAAGCCUCUGGGUUGGUUCCUUCACGUUGCAAAGUUUUCAUCUUUGUUCUUUGUACUAUAUUGGGUUGAAUUGAACUCUUGGAUUGUCAGUGCCCAACUUUGAAAGAAAGGAAAAGAAACAAGUGAAAGAAAACGGUUCAAUGGAAACCGGGUCGAGUUCGGAGUUCUUAGAUAGGGGAAAGGCUAUGAGGGAUGGCACUGGCAAGAGACAUGAUGUUAGUGAUGCAAAAGUUGAGCCCUUUGUGCCAAGAAGUGAUCACAAUCCUAAAGAGUUGAAGUCAUGGGCAAAGAGAACUGGGUUUGUGUCUGAUUACUCUGGGGAAGCUGGGACUAGUGCUAAUGAGAAUUUUGAUAGUGUUGGGUUUGAUGUGAAGAGUGUUGAUGAUCAGAGAGAAGGAGGGUCCUCUCCCACGAUAGAGAUUGAUCCGGUGCUGGGGUUGGCAAGGCCUAAUCGGGACAAUGAGAUUGAGCCGGUUUUUGUGUCCAAGCAUCGAGUCAUAAGGGGUGAGAAUGAUAGAGUUUUGAGGUCAAAGGAUGUGUGGAAUGGAGCAGUGGGGAGCCAAAACCAGAGAAGGAAAAUUGGGGAUGAGCCUGGUUUGGCUUUGGCUGGUGAUGGUGACAAGAAAGUUGGGUUAAGAGGGAAUGGUGAUGCUAAUGGAAUGACGGUGAGCACGAAUCAUGAUAGUAAUAGCCAUGGAGUUUCUGCGGUUGCUCCUUUGCCAGAGCAGAAGAAGGAAGAGGAAGGGGUAGCUGAAGGAGAUGUUAAGGUGAAUCUGUUUCCGGAGGGGGAGGAAUCUUCUGGAAGAGAGUGGCAGGGAUCAUCUGGAUUGAAGUACAGUAUCACAGAAAAUCCGGGUCUUGUACCUCUUAUCUAUUACGGCCUGCAGCACUACCUAUCAUUGGUUGGCUCGCUAGUAUUAAUCCCAUUAAUCAUGGUACCAACCAUGGGUGGAACAGAUAACGAUACUGCUAAUGUAAUUUCGACAAUGCUGUUUCUUUCUGGCAUCACAACGAUACUGCAUUCCUACUUUGGCACCCGACUACCUUUAGUUCAAGGGAGCUCAUUUGUGUAUUUGGCACCGGCAUUGGUUAUCAUAAAUGCUGAAGAAUUUCGAAAUCUUACACAUCACAAAUUUAGGCACAUAAUGAGGGAACUCCAGGGAGCUAUAAUUGUUGGCUCAAUAUUCCAAUGUAUCCUGGGACUUAGUGGUUUGAUGUCUCUUCUUCUCAGGAUAAUCAACCCAAUUGUGGUGGCUCCAACUGUUGCUGCUGUAGGUUUAGCAUUCUUCAGCUACGGCUUUCCACAAGCUGGAACAUGCAUAGAAAUUAGCAUUCCGCAGAUAGCAUUAGUUCUAUUAUUCACACUGCAUCUUCGAGGAAUAUCUAUUUUUGGACACCACACAUUUCGAAUUUAUGCUGUUCCCUUGAGUGUUACAUUAACUUGGAUAUAUGCGUCCUUUUUAACAGCUGGGGGAGCUUAUAACUACAAAGGAUGCAAUCCCAAUAUCCCAAGUUCAAACAUUUUGACUGAUGCAUGCAGAAAGCAUGCUUAUACCAUGAAACAUUGCAGGACUGAUAUAUCCAACGCACUGUUAACUUCUGCAUGGCUCAGAAUUCCUUACCCUUUACAGUGGGGUUUUCCUAUUUUCCAUUUUAGGACUUGCAUAAUCAUGACCGUAGUGUCGCUGGUUGCCUCUGUGGAUUCAGUUGGAACUUAUCAUUCUACAUCACUGCAAGUCAAUUUGAGGCCUCCAACUCCAGGAGUUGUGAGCCGAGGAAUUGCAUUGGAGGGUUUCUGUAGUAUAUUGGCUGGUCUUUGGGGUUCCGGAACUGGAUCAACCACCUUGACAGAAAAUGUUCACACAAUUGACACAACAAAGGUGGCAAGUCGGAGGGUGGUGGAACUUGGAGCAGCUUUCAUGAUUCUCUUCUCCUUUAUGGGAAAAGUGGGUGCUCUUAUUGCUUCCAUUCCACAGGGCUUGGCUGCUUCUGUACUGUGUUUCAUUUGGGCUCUUAUAGCAGCUUUGGGCCUUUCAAACUUACAGUAUGGUCAAUGUACCAGCUUCAGGAACAUGACAAUAGUUGGUGUUUCGUUGUUCCUUGGUCUAUCAAUCCCUGCCUAUUUUCAACAAUACAAGCCUCAAACCAGUCUGAUACUGCCUGCUUACCUGGUACCUUAUGGGGCUGCAUCUAGUGGACCAUUCCAUUCUGGCAAUAAACAACUUGAUUUUGCAAUCAAUGCUCUUAUGUCCUUAAACAUGGUGAUUACACUUUUGGUGGCAUUCAUACUGGACAACACUGUCCCGGGAAGUAAACAAGAACGAGGGGUGUAUAUAUGGUCACGAGCUGAAGAUAUUGCAACUGAUCCUUCUCUGCAAUCCGCAUAUUCUUUGCCAAAGAAAAUUGCUAGGUGUUUCCGUUGGGCGAAAUGUUUGGGAGUCUGAAUAUUAGGCUAUGUCUGAUUUCUUCUAUUCAUGGACUCAUGAUAACAUUCACUUCUGAUCCCUAGAGCUUAGAAGAUAUUGAAGCUCAUGAAGAAUAAAAACAAAUAAUCUUGGAUUUAGUCACUGCAAGGCCAAAUAGGAAAUAGUUUAGCACUGAUUAUGCUUGUGAAUUCUAUAGCUGUUUCACAUAGGUCAAUGUGAUCUGAAAACAAAACAAUGGAGAAAUUAUUGUACUUGUACAUUUAUAUAUUUUAUAAUCAAUCAAUGGUUCAAUUUUUGUAGUUCCAGUUUGA